UGGGACUAGGGUUUUUGAUAGGGUCCCUGUUGCUAUGGCGGAUCUGCCGGCGCAAGAGGAUGCCGCUGCUGCGGCUGCGAUUCAGGAGAAAGUGAAACUGGCGCUGAGCGUCGGCGAAGAAUGCACUGGCGCCGAGGAUCUGGCCGCGCUCUUCAAGAACAAGCCGACUCCUCCGAUCUGCUACGAUGGAUUUGAACCGUCUGGCAGAGUCCACAUCGCUCAGGGAGUGAUGAAGGCACUGAAUGUUAACAAAUUGACAAGCUCUGGAUGCGUGUUUAAGUUCUGGGUCGCGGACUGGUUUGCGCAGCUCAACAACAAGAUGGGAGGCGAUCUCCACAAGAUCCAGACCGUGGGGCGCUACAUGAUCGAAGUGUGGAAGGCUGUUGGUAUGAAUCUCAAUCAGGUGGAGUUUCUAUGGUCUUCUCACGAGAUCAACUCGAGGGCCGAGGAGUACUGGAAGCUUGUCUUUGAUAUCGCUCGCAGGAACAACCUUCCUCGUAUUCUAAGAUGCUCGCAAAUUAUGGGACGGACCAAUCCAAAAGAGCUUUCGGUGUCUGCAAUCAUGUACGCGUGCAUGCAGUGCGCGGAUGUAUUCUUCCUCAAGGCUGAUAUUUGUCAGCUUGGACUCGAUCAGAGAAAAGUGAACAUGCUUGCAAGAGAGUAUGCUUCUGCUACCAAACGGAAAUUCAAACCAAUUAUUUUGUCUCAUCAUAUGCUGCCGGGGCUGAAGGAAGGUCAGCUGAAGAUGUCGAAAAGUGAUCCCGAGUCUGCGAUAUUUAUGGAAGACGAAGAGGAUGAUGUGAACAGGAAAAUUGCAGGUGCGUUCUGUCCGAACGUUGUGGAAGGGAACCCGUGCUUGGAAUACGUGAAGUACGUCGUCAUCCCGUGGCAUGGCCGAUUUGAGCUCUGCCGUUCAGAAGAAAGAGGCGGAAACCUUACCUACGAGUCAGCUGAGAAGCUGAAUGGCGACUUCGAGUCAGGACUGAUAAGUUCCGAUGAGAUCAAGACGUCUUUGGCAAAAUCACUCAAUCUAAUUCUCCAGCCGGUGCGAGAUCACUUCAAGCAUAAUGCUGACGCAAGAGAUCUGCUCGCUCAAGUGAAGUCUUUUAGAGUUACCAGAUGAAGUCUGUCGCGUGGAACAUAUACUCGAAAUAAGGUCUCUGACGUGAAGGAUAGCCCUUGUGAAUGAUCGAACGCGGCACGUCUGGCUAAAAACGUUUGCAGCUUUCUCGGUGAGUCGUGCAACGUACACUACUCACAGGAGGAGGACCCAUCAGCAGCACGCAAAACGCUUUUGCUUUUGUAAGUUCUUUCAUGUCGUGUCUCCUUUUUUUUUAUGACAGUUUGGUUGUCUUGGUCGGAGACAAGCAGUGCGAAUCUCGUCCAUGUCCUCAAAAACGUGAGGAUUAUGUUGUGGUACAAUUAAGAGCAUCAAGUUUCUAGCUAAGAUCUUGCUGCGCAAGAGACUUAGAGAAAAAGUGGCAAGUUUGUGGGAAGGACAGUUCGUUGGGCUCUCCAUUUCACGCAGGGAGAAGAUCCUUCUCCACAGAGAGGGAUAUUCGCCGAAUCGCCGUGUUUUGUUUGCUGCCAUUUGACUUGGCUUGCAAUCUAUGGCACAUGAUGUUUGAA